UUUGCUUUAAUUUUUUAUUUUUAUUUUUAUUUUUUCGUUUUCUUUCUAUAAUAAUAAUAAUAGUAAAUAUUCUUCUCAUCUUUUGGCUUUUGCCUACUUUUCUCUCAUUCCCUCAAAAAUCUAUCACUCUUAACAGCUUUUACCAUUAGCUUUCUUUGACUUGCCAAGGUAGUGGUAGGAUUUCUGGGUUUUCAUCUCUCUCCAUUUUGCCUCUCUCAACCUCUCUCUUUUAGAUUGCAUGACCAAGAAACAUAGAAGACCUAAAUACUGUUUAUGAUUUGUAUAUAAGAUGGGGUGUUUUAUGGUUUUGAAAUGUAAGAAGAAAAAGUCUGAGCAGUCAGUUUUUGUAAAACGCAUUUCUCAUAAGGAGCAUAUGCCUACCACUCUGCCUGAGCCCCAAGUUCAGAUCCGAUCGCUACAAUCUGCACCCCCAAGUUUUAGAACCAGAGUAAAACAAAUUCAACCUAAUAACAAGGCAACCAGCCAUAGGUCACGUACAGUUUCUGCUCCACCAAGUCUUGAUGCUGCUGAGCAAGAUGCACUUGUAGCAGUGGAAUUUGAAGAACAGGAAGAGUCAAAGAAUCGUGUCGGAGUAGUGAAGGAACAGAGGUCAUCAAGUCCACAACCUCUUCCACUUCCAUCUCCCCAAGGUACUAUGAUGAAGACAAUGGGAAGUUUUAAAGCAGGGAAUGCCAGUGGCCCUCUCUUUCCAUCUGGACCGUUGCCCCUACCUCCCUCCGGAACACUACGAAACUUUGCUUAUGAAGAAAUUGCAUCUGCUUGCCAUCAUUUCUCUUCUGAUCAAUGUACAUCUGAGGGUCUUUCUUCCGUUAUGUAUAAGGCUUCUUUUGGAGAUGAUGUGUUAAGUUCAAAGAAGUUUGAAGCUACUGUUACUCGCCUUCACCCAUCCACUCAGGGUUUAAGGGAGUUUAUAAAUGAAGUAAAUACACUUGCAUUAUUGCAACAUCCAAACCUCUGUAAAUUGAUUGGAUUCCACGCACGUGAUAGUUCAGAACAGAGAAUGUUGGUCUAUGAAAGGCUGUUUCAUGGAAGCUUAGACAGGCUUCUAUAUGGGAGAUCGGAUGGACCACCACUUGAUUGGAAUACCCGAAUGAAAAUUGCUUUAUGUUCUGCACAGGGUCUUACUUUCUUGCAUGAGGAAGGACCAUUUCAGGCAAUGUACAAUGAAUUUUCAACUGCCAACAUACAGAUUGACAAAGAUUUCAGUGCAAAGCUUUCAGGAUAUGGGUGCGUUGGUCAUAUCCCAGAGACAGAAGAGAUCUCCGCUAAUUCAGUUGCUGUUGCAAAUAUUUCAGUAGAGACCCUGGAGAGAGGAUGGCUAACUCCAAAGAGCAAUGUUUGGAGUUUUGGAAUUGUCCUACUUGAAUUACUUACUGGCCGGAAAAACCUUGGCAGCCGUCAUCCCAGGGAAGAGAUGAACCUAGUGAAGUGGAGCCGACCAUUCCUAGCUGAUGACUGUAGAUUGUCACUCAUCAUGGAUCAUCAGCUCAAAGGUCGUUUUCCAAUGAAAGCUGCCCGUACAGUGGCUGACAUUGCACAAAGAUGUCUCCAGAAGGACCCAUCAGAAAGGCCGACCAUGAGAAACAUAGUUGAGCAUCUCAAAAUCAUCCAAGACAUGAAAUAUUCCUGCAGAUUUCCUCUGCAAGAGCCCGCAGCAAUUGCUGGAAAACAGAUGUCAAGGUCCCCGAGUCUUAAUGGGAUUAUUACCCCAGCACCCAGGUUAAGUUUCUCACCAUCACCACCAUCAAGAGCCCGGCUUCCUGUUUCUCCUACAAGACCUCCUGCUUUACCAUUGACUCUUCCACCACGAGCUUGUUCCUCUACUCUUUCAUUAGAGGAACUAGAAAGGCAAGAAAGUCGAAGAUCAUCAUCAUCAGCAACCCUUAGAAGGGCAAGUGUUGAAGGAUUUUGAUUGUUUAUAGUAUGCAUUUUUUCAUUUUUUUUUGUUUAUUUUCUUCUUUUAAAUUCAACACAACAUAUAGAAGAUAAAGAUGUGGUUCUUCCACCUUCCCAUCCCAUCUAUAGAUUGAUGAAAUAGAGGGGAAGCUGUUUUUGUAGAUAAGAGUGCAAGCCUUGAUCUGAAAACGGAUCCCAUUAUUUUAUUCCAACCCAGAAUGCUAUCAUAUAAAUAUGUUCAUAAUCGUUAUCAGAGUUUAAAGGAUGUCAGACUCGAAUGAUAAAUGUUUUAGACUCGUAAUCAAGUUUAUUUCAUAAAGUUAUAUAAUUUAGGGAGUUUUUUAUUUAAUUUUAAUUUAUAUCUUCUCAAGAAGUAUGUACAUUGAGGAACUUUUUGUUCAAUUAUAACUUGGAAUUGAGGAUCA